UUUCCACAUCCAUCACUUAUACAGACCGAAUCUACAAAACAACCGGCAUCAACUUUAUUACUUCCACUUUCAUAUCUUGACUUUCUCAUUUCUAUCAAGCCAAAGAUGAACCCCCUCACCUCUUCGCCAACAGAGGUAUGUCUGGGCGUUGCCGUUGACCAUCGAAUACGUUCCCUCUUCAAACCUAUCCGCAUUCAAACGCAGGUCAGAAUGCAAGGAGACGAUUCACAUGCACAACUUUUAGAAACACUUGCUAGGGAACGAACAGACAGAUAUAUAUCUAAAGAUGAAAUUGAUAUAACUCUUGAAUUAUCCGGGCCGCAGACCGUGGGGGGGGUCACUGUGGUGCUACAGCAGCCGGCGAGGUUUCAUCCCUACUCCGAGGGAUUAGAAGCUGUACUUGACUACUCAGCAACCUUUUCUACAAUCGAUGAAGCGUUUAGUGCUGUCUCGUGUGGGUCUAUAUCGAUAAGGAGCUCAACGUUGUCUUUAAUCGACUCCCUACCAUAUGUCGGACCGGACGACGACCUUUCGAGCGAAGAAAAAUUGAGAGUACGCCGAGUCACCAGCCACAUAAUCAUUAGGAAAGAUCCGGAUGUUCUGCUUUGUAUGUGGCGGCAAGCUGAGGAUCACGAAAUCACUCGAGAGAUGUCUAAGUUUCGAAGCUUAGGGGUCGGGCGUGAUUUUGACCGACCAACGGUUACUUUGCGUCCUGGAUCGGUUGCCGAAAGAGUGAACUCGUUCCAUCCGAGUUUUGCAAUAAACUACAAUCCCUACGACAGUUGCUUUCGUCAACUAUUGCUUUUAAACGUCGCGAAAGCAUGUCGUGUAUAUGAAGGGACCUGGAACGAAGAAGAGUGGAUGAAUGACCUGAAGAAGAGGUGCAGAGAUGAAGCCAAAGCCGGAAUAAGUAUAACACCCUAUUGUUAGCCUAACAGGCAGUCUUUGCUAACUUCACUUAGACCUAUGUAAAGCGGACCUGAAGUAUUGCGGCAGCCAUUUGAGAUCUCAGUUGGAUCAGAUAAGGGAAUGGACUGUCCAUUUGGUUGUCGGCAACCAAAGCAGUCAAACAAAAAGCAUAU